AUGAAUGUGCUGCCUCAAGCCAUCCUGCAAAGCCCAAGGGAGCAUCCCAGGUUCAUAGAGCAGAUUGUUUGCCCCUCAUUAGAUUUUGCAAGGAUUCACUUGAUCAAAGACAAAGAUGGCAUAGACGAUUAUUUGGCAAAGAAUAUCAAAGGCUUGUCAAAACAAGAAGCUGCUGCUAACAGGAAUUCAUACAAGAAGAACAUCUGCAUAGACAUGCUGCGACAGGGUUAUCACGCGUCCUUCUCCGAGCUCCUCACUCUGAUACAGAAGUGGAAUGCCUUGAGGGAGGCUGCAGGGCCUGGGUCAGACAUAUGGCAGCAGAAGUCCCUGGAGGAGCAGCCUGAUAAGCUGGAUCAGCUUUACCACUUCCUGACCAGGGCUGAGGGGGCCCAGCGAGCAGGGCUCUAUGAGGAGGUGUAUGACAACCAGCUUCAGCUGGCCUACUCUUUCACUGACCCUGAGGACAAAUGGUUGAGUAAUUAUUUUUAUGAGCAAUGCUUUAAGACCGCUCAACGAGUCAAAAUAGAUGGUGGGAAGAGAGAGGCACAAGCACAUGUCAACAUGGGCCUCAUCAGUGAGGAGCAAGGUCAUAUCAUGAGAGCUGCUGAGCAUUAUGAGGCAUUUUAUCAGCUCACACAGGGUUCGACGUGGAAGGAUGAGGCAGGCCGUCCUUACAAUUCACUGGCAUGUGAGCAUCUCUGGAGGAUUCAUACAUUACUAGCAGACAAAAUGCUGGGAAAUAAAGAACACAAACAGGCCAUCAAAACCCUAAUAAAAGCUUCAAACCUGGCAAAAGAAGGAGGUGAUAAGAAGUUGGAAGGAGAAGCUGCUUAUUGCUUGAGUCUGGCAUAUUAUUUUGCUGGAGAGCAGCAGACAGCAUUAUCACUUUUGGACACCUCUGUGAAAAUCUUCAGAGCACUUUGUGAUUCUGCUGGCCUAGGCAGAGCUUAUGCAGCUAUAACCAAGAUCCUGGUAAGCCAGGGGAAGGAGACUGAAACUGUGAAGUACUUGGAAGAGUUUAUGAAGUAUGCUGAGGACUCUCAUCUAAACCAAAGCCUGGUGGAUGCAUGUGUACUACUUGGCAAUAUUUACAACCAAAGGGGGAAACCCAAGGAAGCUUCCGACUGCUUCAACCAGGCUCGCGAGGCAGCCGCAGCUUUAGACCAGCUGCCCUUAAUGGAUGAAGUGAAGGCUUGCUGUGGCAUUGCAAAGGCUCAUGAGCUAAGAGUGGCAUUUAACAGCCAUAUAGAAGCAGAAGAUCCUGUCAGCCUCAGGUACCUGCUGGCAUGGAAGGAGAAGAGAAGUGACAUGUGCAGUGACCCUCUCCCAGCCGGGGCCUCUCUCAGAGCUGAGAAUUCCCUUCUGCGGGGGAGGGAAUUGCCGAACCCCUCCCCACCGCUGCCUAAGUGCUGCCGGAGCAGCGGGUGUCUCUGCCUGGGGCCACGGGGGCUGGCACUGCGGAGCUCUCUGCCACUUCCCCGGGGGGGAGGACACCGGCCCUGCCGCACGGCUGUCACCGCCACCUCCUCGCCGUUAUUUACAUCCGUCUUUAGCACUCUAAUUACCCGCUUUAUUGCUUUCGCCUGGGGGAAGCCCGGGGACAGCGGCGCAGGGGAGGACCCUCCCCGCAAUACCCCUGCCGCUCUCCACUCUGCACUGCCGUGGGGAGGGAAAGGGGGGUACACACAGAGCUCAGCCGGGAUUUCCUCCUCCCCGCCGGGUUUUCAGCAGGAUUUCGGGCGGGGAGGGGCGGAGCAGGUCUCUGGAGGCGGACGGGACCCGCCGCUGCAUAGGGCCGGGGGAGUCCCGGAGAAACCUGACGGUGAGCUCCCCGCAGCCCAGCCUCUUGGGUCGGCUUCGUCGUUUUGCACCAGCGCAGCGGAGGAACAAACUGACAGAAUAGAUGGAUUUCCAUCUGAGCAAAGGAGGUAA